GACUCGGUCGCUGUUUAUUCGAAUAACAGUGUUAUCAAACAGUAGGCAGAUCGUGUGUACCGCGUGAUCGAUGUUUCGUUCGACGCUGUCUCCAGGAUCGAGUAAUUAUCGUGUGUCCGCCAGAUACUUUUUUUCAGGUGCUUCUAACGCGGUGUGUUUUUCCGAACAGAAAAUGCCGAUAACGUAGCAUAAGCGAUAUUGACAACUGCUAGCUUCUCCAGCAAGUACACAUUACGCCUGGCGAGUCUAAAAAAUCGUUUUUAACGCAUUUCUUGCGUCGUUUUGAAAGAAAAAAUUUGAAAAUUUCACGUCGCAGUGGUCUGCCCUUUAACCCUUUCAACUCUAGCGAAUAUAUCUUGUCGUUGGUCAAAUUACAAUGGCGACAUCUUAAUAAUCUCUACAAAUUGCCCUUAUCCGACUAUAGCCCUCGAUUUACGAGCCGAGCUUAGUUUACUUCAAUUAAUUUCUAAAAGAGAAACGAGUGUCGAAUAGAAAACGAAAGGGUUAAAGUAACCUCCAGCCACUAGCUCCGCUCCGAAACAGUACGUAGCCGCUGCUAACAGCCACCGACACGUGACGCAAUCUUGUGCUGAUACGCGCAAUACCAAAAAGCUAACCGUGACUACGACCGAUGGUCAGUAGCUGCCUACGGUCGGCAGCACGCGAAUCGUCCGAGAGUAAAGUGUGGUCGAGCAGGUGUCUCGUGGACCCGCGAAUCGUUCCACGAGAAUACCUAAACGCUAUCGAACGUGAACUCUCGAAACAACAACCUUCGAGUUUUAGAAGAGAUCCUGGAUCCAAACACUUCGUCGACUGAACUCUGAGCGUUAGUUGCGAGUGAAGUUCGAGAUUUCGAAUCAUUCAGCGAGAUGAGACUUCACCUGUCGAUACUUUUAACGAUCCUGGGCUGCUGUCACGUGGCAAAUGGCUUGCGAAUACUGGCCAUAUUCCCGUUGAAUGGAAGGAGCCAUUGGAUCACUGGCCAAGCCCUGACUAUGGGUCUGGCGAGACGUGGCCAUCAAGUGGACGUCGUCAGUCACUUCCCACAGAAGAAACCGGUGCCGAAUUACAGGGACAUCUCUCUGGAGGGCACGCUGGAGCCAGUGAUAAACAGUAUGAACGCGUCCAUGGUGAAGGACAUAGGCGCGCAAGAUUUCGAAUUACUUGUACAGAAGGUCGGAACGAAGAUAUGCGACUUGUUGGAACACGAAAAGAUUCAGCAGCUGAUACACAAUCCGCCCAAGGAUCCCCCGUACGAUCUUGUCAUCGUGGAGUUGUUCAUGUUCCCAUGCUUCCUGGGAUUCGGUCGUCACCUGAACGUUCCCAUGGUGGGCGUUAUGGCAUCGACUUUUCACGAGUGGGUCUCGGACGUCACAGGGAACAUGUUUAAUCCUUCCUUCAUGCCGUGCUUGUUCAGCCCGUAUCGCCCAGAAAUGACCUUCUACGAGAGGUUGAUGAAUACUCUGCUAACGAACCUUGUCGGCAUGCAAUUGAAAUACCACAUAAGAAUAGAAGAUGAAUACGUGAAAAAACACUUCAACAUAGACGAGUCGGUCAUGGAGCUUCACAAGGAUCUGGCGGUGAUUCUGGUCAACUCGCAUCACAGCCUGAACGGGGUUAAACCGAUGACGAACGGAGUCAUCGAAAUCGGUGGGUUGCACAUCACCGAACAGGGUGAUCCUCUUUCCCCGGAAAUUCAAAAAUGGCUGGACGAGAGCACGCACGGUUGCGUGUACUUCACGUUGGGAUCGAUGGUGAGAAUCGAGACGUACCCCGAAUCUGUUCAAAGAGCUUUCCUCAACGCUUUCGAGAGCAUCGCGCCUGUUCGAGUGUUGAUGAAGGUCGCGCAUAAAGAGGAUCUAAUUCCGAAAGUCCCGAAGAACGUCAUGAUACAAUCCUGGUUCCCGCAAGUCUCUGUCUUCAAACACAAGAACAUAAAGGCGUUCAUCACCCACGGCGGUACCAUGAGUAUCCAAGAAGCUGUCUACUUUGGAAUUCCCAUGGUUGGAAUCCCUCUGUUCGGUGACCAACCCACGAACAUGAACAACGUCGCCCAUCUAAAUAUCGCGGUGUCCCUCGGAUCCCUGAAAAAUGUCACGGAAGAAACGCUGUCCUACAGUCUCAAUAAGGUCUUGAAGGACAAAACCUAUCAAGAAAACAUGAAGAGAAUCUCGAAGCUAUUCAAGGACAGACCGAUGUCCGCUAUGGACACUGCUAUAUACUGGGUGGAAUACGCGGCGAGGAACGGAAACGCCCUGCGAUCGCCUGCGAUACGUCUUCGAUGGUGGCAACAACAACUCUUUGACGUUUAUGGCUUUAUACUUGCCUGCCUCGCGUUGGCUCUCUACGUCGUGAUUUUUGUUCUUCGAAAGCUGACGUGCCUUCUGUUUGGCUCUAAAGCCUGCUCCAAGAAACCUAGCCAUUCGUCGGAGUCCAAAAAGAGAAAAUAAGUGCUUGUGUACGUAUGUAUGUAUGUAUGUAUACGUGUGUGUCUAUUUUUUGUAAGCUCGGGUGUAGAUUGUUUUAUACGAAAAUUCAGUGAACCCAACGAUACAUGAAACAGAAGAUGACGAUAACGUUCUUUGCGUCACUGGUUACAGUAAAUAGAGGCUACGAAUCGUAAAAGUAGAAGUAAAUAAGAAAUAAAUAAAAAAGUGAGCUACGCUGGUAUUCCAAACUCAAUUUUUCAUUCGUUCAAUUAAAACCACUAUGGUCUGAAAACUUUUAGUGGCCGAUAUCAUCUCCUUGAAGAUAGUAUUAUACAAAUAACGAUGUAACGUUAUCGUGGAACUGUGUUUUAUAGAACUUAGACGAUUCAUCGCCAGCAUUUGAAAUGAUCGAUAAAAUAAUGAUACGUUGGAUAAUUUAUAGUGCUACUUCAUAUCACUCAGACGUUCAAGAAAGACUGUCUCUAAUUUUAGAUACACUUUGUCCUUCGUUACCGAUGUACUAGGAAAGUUUUUUUGAUACACGUUUCAACGAGUU